UGAAUGGCAGAGAUCAUCACAAGCACUUCCACAUGCAAGCGCCAGGGGCUCUCCUAGUGGACAGACGCGAACAUCUACGGUCGCAUCGGAUCCGGAUCGGCUGGUGCACGUGGUUUUUCCGGUUCUGCGUUGUGUUGUGUGCCCCAACAAAAUGUGUGUCCGUGUGCGCAAUGAGAAAAGCGAGUCGGCCAGCCCACAAAGCUGGUACACAGUACUGCUGUGUGGUUGAGUGCCACAACAGCCUCGAGAAUACGAAAGGCCGGUACCCUCCCGUGAAAUUCUACAGAUUUCCUGGCAAAUGGUAUGAAGCGGAAAGGCGUGAAGCGUGGAAAGCGGCCGUCCGUAGAGUCAAUCCUGAUAACACGCCCUGGGAGCCUACAAAGACCACGCGCAUUUGCAGUGACCAUUUUGUUGGCAACUGCAAGAGCAAUUUAAGCCAUCAUCCAGCAUACUUACCGACCAUCUUCCCGUCUGUGUACCAGAACGAUUCUGCAGACCUUGUAAAGGCACUAAGGCGACGGAAACAUUUGGUGGAUCAACAUAGUUGUGGGCUGUCAGACAAUAAAAAAGCUGCAACAGAGUGCAUAUGGACAGACUGUAGCAACACAGGUCUUGAAAGGCGACAGUGUCGAGACAUUGCGCACCUGUACACUCCCCCCCGGGCUCUUCCAGAACUGGCAACAGAGCCAAUUGACCUGGAACCUUCAAGUGGUGCGCUGAUGCAAGUUCUUGCUCUAGCAACAUGUGAUGUUUCGUGCCAGACAGAAUGCUCGCCUGUGGGUGAACUCUCCAUCCUGCUGUCUGCUACGGACGGGGCCACAGCAUCAACCCAAGUUACUCAUGCCCAAUUGCUUGACAAGGUGUGCUCUUCUUUGACAACCGAGCUUGAGGCUUGCGAAGGCUGGGGCUGAGUGCACCAACCUUGAUAAGGUCUUGUUCUAAUCACGGUUGCUGCGAUGACGAGGACUCUCUCAAACAUGGGACGCGACAUGACUCAAUCUUCUAGCACCAAGUGCUGCUGUGAUGACAAGCAGGGAAGCGAAGGUGGAGUUGCAAAGAAAUCCUGUACAUGUGCAUUUUGCUCGGGACCACAGAGAAGCGUGAAAAGUUGAUGCUAUUCCACAAGUCCUGCUUAGUGGUGCAAGCCGCUGGAUUACGUGACUUACACAAGAAAACUUUGUCACCGCAGCUGCUGUUGCGGCUCCCCUCUCAAACAAGAGGCCCUGUCCUGCAGGACAACAAUGGUAUGCAACGCAUCUCAGAGGUACAGCAUUAUUCUCCUGGCGCUUGUAGACCACAAGUACCGUUUCAGGUUUAUAAAUGUUGGUGUCACUGGAAGAUGCCACGACUCUCAUGUGUAUCAAAUGUCGAGCUUCUCCGGCAUGGUUGAGGGACCACUUUUCAAGGCUCCGGUUGUUACAAUAGGAGGCGUUGCCGUGCCACCUCUGGUGCUUUGUGACCAGGCCUUCCCACUUACACCUAACCUCAUCUAGCCAUUUGGACACAACACCCCACUUAGUGCAGAGCAGAAAAAUUUCAAUUACCACAUCGGCAGAGUGAGACGUGUAGUAGAAAACGCCUUUGGAAGGCUUAAGGCAAGAUUUCAACUCACAUCGAAAAGAAUGGAAUGCGACAUUGUAAAUGCUCGCCUCGUGAUUCGCGCAUGCUGCGUGCUCAACAACAUUUGCGAGCAUUUCAGCGAUGCUGUUCAGCUUCAAUGGCUCCAGGAAGUGAAGCAGUCCGACUCCCAACUGCCCCAACCAGAACGUAGCAGCGAUUCACAGAUUUGAAAUGCAGUCAGUGUGCGUUCUGCACUUGUGAACCACUUCAGCCAGAGGAUGCAGACCCGGGCAGCCCGCUCCUAGAAAUUUCUUUGUGCUGGCAUUUGUAAAUAAAAAGAGUGACAGU